AUGACAUCAAGUCAAGACGACUUAAUUGAAAAGGUUUUCACAAAUAUCUCACAGAAGUUUGAAAACCAUCAGUGGCUUAGUGAACGUGCCAUAUUAGCUGCUACAAACAGCGAUGUCAACGACAUGAAUUUCACCAUUCAAAAGAGAAUACCAGGAGACAACAGUGAACAUGUGUUGUUGCCACGUAUUCCAAUGAUACCAACAGACAUGCCGUUUGAUUUUAAACGCUUACAAUUUCCAGUACGUCUGGCUUUUGCCAUGACUAUAAAUAAAGCGCAAGGCCAAUCCCUGCAAGUAACAUGGACUGCUGCUCUUAUACCUCAGCCAGCCAGAGAUAGCAUUUUUAUGUAA